AUGGCUAAACCUGUGUGCAAGUUCUGGAAGCAGGGGAAGUGUAACAAGGGUGCAUACUGUAAUUUUGCCCAUUCAGAUCCGCAAGGUAGCAAUGACAAGACUAACUCCGGAGAGGUGAAUAAGAUUUACUCUUUGAGCGACUUCAUCUCCAACGGUGCUGUUGACAGAAAAGCAAGAGAAAUUAAACAAGAUAUGGACGAAUAUAGUGAAAUUAAAUGCAUCCCUGCACUUUCGUCGUAUGGGCUUGCGCAUCCUGCCGUAAACAACCUCAUAUCAGGGAGAGAUUUAUCCUUUGAAGAAAUGAGAUUGAAGUACUUGGAAGCACAAGCAAGUAACACUGUGCAGCAAUUCGAAAAGGACAUGAAUCUUCGUGCACAAGAUAUGAUGUACUGUGUGGGUCAAAUUAAAAAUAGAGAGAGUGUAGCAGUACGAUAUCAACAAAAAAGUGCAGAGAAUCCGAAUAUAACACCGAAGCCUUUCAUAAUGCUGCUCGAAGAGAGUGUAAAAAAUAUAGAGAGCGGAGGAGGCUCUCCAUUUGGAAAUCUGGCAUUUGGAAAUAAUGCUGGAGCCAGUGCUUUUGGCAACUUGAAUACUGGAGGAUCGGCUUUCUCAAAUCAAAAUAAAGGAUCUGUGUUCGGAAACACCUCGAGUGCUCUGUCUGCCCCAUCUGCAUUUGGGAAUUCAGGGUUUGGGGCCAGUUCAUUUGGCUCUGGAGCUAGUACUGGCGCUUUCGGCUCACAAAAUACAGGUGCAUUUAGUGCUGCUGGUACCCCUGGUGCAGCAUUUGGUUCCACUAAUGGCACUAGUAGUGCAUUUGGUGCUAGUGGUGCUAGUAACGGCGGUGCAUUUGGUAGCGCAGGAUUUGGUAGUAAGCCCGCAACAAGCUCAGCUUUUGGAUCUGCUGGAUUUGGUGGGACUGCUGUUAAUACUACUUCUACAACAGCAACGGGAUCGGCGUUUGGUAGCUCUGGAUUUGGUGGACAAGCGGGUUCUAGUCCAUUUGGCAGCUCUGGCUUUGGAAGUUCGGGAUUCGGAGCAAAGUCUGCUGCUUCUACUUUUGGUACUCAAGCGAACACCACUAGUAAUGGUAGCACUGGUCUGGUAUUUGGUGCUGCGAAGAGCACAAACCUGGCAUUUGGUAGCCUGGGUUUGGGCGCAAGCUCUGCGCUGCCGUUUGGGAGUGCUACUACCAACGCGGCUCCCCUGGCAUUUGGAAAUGCUGCUGCUACAAACACUACCCCACUGGCCUUUGGAAAUGCUGCUACGACCAAUAAUACUUCACUGGCAUUUGGUGCUGGUGCAACUUCAAACCCCUUUGGAAGUGCAACAACAAGUUCCAACCCAUUUGGCUCCAGCCAAACCAACCCACUGCCAUUUGGUGCCAAGCCAACUACUUCAUCACCCUUUGGUGCGAACCCAACAAACGCCCUGCCGUUUGGAACCAAUAAUUCUUCUGUUGCAGCCAGUGCUCUGCCGUUUGGUUCAAGCAAUGUAACUGCCGCUAACCUGUUUGGAGUCAACCUGGCUAGUGCUACCCUGACUCUGACUCCAUUUGGACAAAAUAACAAUAAUAAUAGCAACUCUGUUGAUAUCUCGUCAAAUAAUCCUGAAUUAUCUGAACUUGGUCCAGAAAUAAUUGAAGCCUUCAAGGCAGUUUCGUUCAAGUUAGGCCUGGUUCCAGACAUCCCACCACCUCCGUCCAUAUGUAUAUAG